AUGUCGGAACGAGACGAAGCAAAGAAACCACACAAAGACACACAAGAGGAUGAGCGGCAAAAAAUUUUGCGGUCGAAAACUCGAUUUGGAGAUCCAAUGGCAAAAUUGUUCAAGCGACGGAAAGAGAAAGAAGAAAGUGCAAAAAUAAAUGAGAACCAACCCGAAAAAUCUCAAAAAUCUGAUGCAAAUGGCGAAACGAAAAGUACUCGGCCCAUAUUUAAAGGUAAAUUUCCACAAAAUAGAUUUGGAAUACCCCCAGACUAUAAGUGGGAUGGGAUAGAUAGAGGAAAUGGAUAUGAGAAAAAGUACUUUGCAGCGAUGAACAAAAAACAGUCGGCUGAAUCGUCAGUGUAUUCAAAGGAAGUCUCUGACUGGUGA